GCAGCCUCCUCACUUGUCUCCUCUUCCUUCAGCUACUGUCUGGUGCGCCAGCCUCCUCAGCCCUGAAAUCAUGCCCCUAGGUCUCCUGUGGCUGGGCCUUACCCUGCUGGGGGCCCUGCAGACCCAGGCCCAGGGCUCCACCAAAAAACUGAUCCCGGCCCCACCUCUGCUCAGGGUCCCGUUGCAGCCUGACUUCCAGGACGACCAGUUCCAGGGUAAGUGGUACGUCAUAGGCCUGGCAGGGAAUGCAGUUAAUAAGGAAGAAGAAGGCGAGUUUAAGAUGUACACCACCACCUACCAGCUGAAAGAAGACCAAAGCUACAAUGUCACCUCCACCUUGCUCAGGGACCAGCGCUGUGACCACUGGAUCAGAACUUUUGUCCCAAGUUUCCAGCCCGGCCAGUUCAACCUGGGCAAUAUUGAGCGCUACCCUGGAAUACAGAGCUACACCGUGCGAGUGGUGGCCACCAACUACAACCAGUUUGCCAUGGUGUUCUUCAAGAAGGUUUCCAACAACAAGGAGUACUUCAAGAUCACCCUUUACGGGAGGACCAAGGAGCUGACCCCUAAGCUGAAGGAGAACUUCAUCCGCUUCACCAAAUCCCUGGGCCUCACCGAUAACCACAUCAUCUUCUCUGUCCCAAUCGACCAGUGCAUCGAUGACGAGUGAGCAUGCAGUGCCUCCUGCCUCUCUCCACUCCCAUCACCCUCAUGUCAGCCUUUGCCAGGCCUGCUGCCCAGCUGUCCCCACCAGCCCAGACACGAGUGAGAGGAGAGAGCCAGGAGACCCUUCUCAUGGCACUGCCCACCAGCUGCUCCCUGGGCCACCCUGCUGACAGAGCCCCUCCUUGCCUGCUAAAUAAACACAUGCUCUCACC